AUGCGGCAGCUCCCAACGUCACGAGCCGGGGUGCGGCGGCUCCGCAGAGGGGCUGGCUCAGCCCGGGCCCGGCUGCCGCAGUGGCCUCGGGCGGAGGCGGGGGACGGGGACAAAGGGGCACCCCAAGGCUGGUGGUGGCGGCCGGGGUCGCGCCUGGCGCGGUGCCGGGGCCACGCGGGCGACCACGGCCGGAGAUCGGGGCGAAGCCGUCGCGCUCAAAGUCACGCCAAGGAUGGCGACGGGCUCGGCCUCGCCACGGCCCCCGGGGACCGCUGUCCCCAAGCCACUGCGGCGCCAGGGCGGGGUCCCCCAGCUUCCCAGGCCCGGCACUGCGGCCGCGUGUCCCUUGCUGUCCCCAGGCUGGGCCUGGCUGCCCCCGGGGCUGCCUUUGGCAAUGGUAACAAACGCCCAACGGUGCAGCCCCCCAGUGUCUCCCAGUACAGGGUGGAGGUUAUUGGUGCAGGGUGCAGCCCCCCAGUGUCUCCCAGUACAGAUUGGAGGUUAUUGGUGCAGGGUGCAGCCCCCCAGUGUCUCCCAGUACAAUCUGGAGGUUACUGGUGCAGGGUGCAGCCCCCCAGUGUCUCCCAGUACAGAUUGGAGGUUACUGGUGCAGGGUGCAGCCCCCCCAGUGUCUCCCAGUAUGAGCUGGAGGUUACUGGUGCAGGGUGCAGCCCCCCCAGUGUCUCCCAGUACAAUCUGGAGGUUACUGGUGCAGGGUGCAGCCCCCCAGUGUCUCCCAGUACAGAUUGGAGGUUACUGGUGCAGGGUGCAGCCCCCCAGUGUCUCCCAGUACAGGGUGGAGGUUACUGGUGCAGGGUGCAGCCCCCCAGUGUCUCCCAGUACAAUCUGGAGGUUACUGGUGCAGGGUGCAGCCCCCCCAGUGUCUCCCAGUACAAUCUGGAGGUUACUGGUGCAGGGUGCAGCCCCCCCCAGUGUCUCCCAGUACAGAUUGGAGGUUACUGGUGCAGGGUGCAGCCCCCCAGUGUCUCCCAGUACAGAUUGGAGGUUACUGGUGCAGGGUGCAGCCCCCCAGUGUCUCCCAGUACAAUCUGGAGGUUACUGGUGCAGGGUGCAGCCCCCCAGUGUCUCCCAGUACAAUCUGGAGGUUACUGGUGCAGGGUGCAGCCCCCCAGUGUCUCCCAGUACGGGGUGGAGGUUACUGGUGCAGGGUGCAGCCCCCCCAGUGUCUCCCAGUACAAUCUGGAGGUUACUGGUGCAGGGUGCGGCCCCCCAGUGUCUCCCAGUACAGAUUGGAGGUUACUGGUGCAGGGUGCAGCCCCCCAGUGUCUCCCAGUACAGGGUGGAGGUUACUGGUGCAGGGUGCAGCCCCCCAGUGUCUCCCAGUGCGGGGUGGAGGUUGUUGGUGCUGGGGGCUGCGGGAGCUGCCCCAGCAGGAGGCCCAGAGCUGCUGAUUAAGGCCGAUUAACGAAGAUUAAAACCUCCCAGCAGCGUCUGCCAGGCCCGGCCGCCUCCCCCAGCCCUGCUGCCAGAGCCGGGGCCCCCGUGGGGCACCCCAGCCCGGCCAUGGGAUGUCCUGGGGUGCCCAGAGGUCCCCAAACCCCCAGGUCACCCUCCCAGCACCUUCGAUGUCCCAGGGAUCCGCUCCAGCUGGCGGGAAUUCCUGGGAGCGUUCCGAGGGAAGCGGCCCCACUGCUCCUUUCCUCCCUCUCUUUGUCCUUCCAGCUUCUCCUGCUCUUCCCCUCACCCCCGGAGCCCUGCAGGAUUCCCUGGAUCCAGCAACCAUCCUUCAAUAAAGCUGCUGAAACCCAU